CCCCUUCUUCGCGUGGUUUAGUCCGUCGACUGUGAGGCGCUCUCAGUCCGGAUUCUUUGGGAGAAAAAAUACACUUUCUAUAACUGUUGCUGUAUCUUAUCUUAGAUCUACGGGGAAUUGUACAUUUAAUCGAAAACCAUGUCUUCUUCCGAUGUUGCUCGGCAACCGGAUAAGGGAGUCCGGCCUCUCUCCCUGGCAGGCCACGUGGGCUUUGACAGCCUCCCAGACCAGCUAGUCAACAAAUCUACCAGUCAGGGCUUCUGCUUCAACAUCCUAUGCAUUGGUGAGACGGGGAUUGGCAAGUCCACCCUGAUGGACACCCUGUUUAACACAAACUUCGAAAACUUUGAAUCGUCGCACUUUGAGCCUCAAGUGAAGCUGCGGGCUCAAACCUAUGACCUGCAGGAAAGCAAUGUGAGACUGCGCCUCACCGUGGUCAACACAGUGGGGUUCGGAGACCAAAUGAACAAACAGGAAAGCUACCAGCCGGUGGUGGACUACAUCGACAAGCAGUUUGAGAGUUACCUGCAGGAGGAACUCAAAAUCAAGCGCUCCCUUUUCAACUACCAUGACUCGCGAGUCCACGCCUGUCUGUAUUUCAUCUCCCCCUCGGGCCACUCGCUCAAAUCCCUGGACCUGGUCACCAUGAAGAAACUAGACAGCAAGGUGAACAUCAUCCCCGUCAUCGCCAAAGCAGACACCAUCAGCAAGAGCGAGCUGCACAAGUUCAAGAUCAAAAUCAUGAGCGAGCUGGUGAGCAACGGCGUGCAGAUCUAUCAGUUCCCUCUGGACGACGAGACCGUAGCCAAGGUCAACACAGCCAUGAACGGCCAUCUGCCUUUUGCUGUUGUGGGCAGCACAGAAGAGGUUUGCGUAGGCAACAAGAUGGUGAAGGCUCGCCAGUACCCCUGGGGGGUGGUCCAAGUGGAGAACGAGAGCCACUGUGACUUUGUCAAGCUGAGGGAGAUGCUGAUCUGUGUCAACAUGGAGGACCUGAGAGAGCAGACACACACCCGCCACUACGAGCUCUACCGACGCUGCAAGCUGGAGGAGAUGGGCUUCAAAGACACGGACCCCGAGUGCAAACCUGUCAGUCUGCAGCAGACCUACGAAGCCAAGCGGCACGAGUUCCUAGUGGAGCUGCAGAGGAGAGAGGACGAGAUGCGGCAGAUGUUUGUGCAGCGGGUCAAGGAGAAAGAGGCGGAGCUGAAGGAGGCCGAGCGAGAGCUGCAGAGUCGCUUUGAGCAGCUGAAGCGCCUUCACGCCGAGGAGAAGUCGGCUCUGGAGGAGAAGAGGCGACUCCUGGAGGAGGACCAGAGCUCUUUCGGCAAGAGACGUGCGGCUGCUCAACUGUUGCAGGCCCAAAGCCUCACCGCCAACGGCAAGAAGGAUAAAGACCGCAAGAAUUCCGGCUUCAUGUGAUGGAUUUGGGAGUCUCCAGUCUGACCCACGACAUCAUUCCCAGAUCUUUGUGGCCAGUCGGUAAACACUAACCAGCACCCCACCCUGACCCCACCAACCCUCCUCCGUCCCUCCCUCCCUCUCUCCACCAUAA